AUGUCAUCAAUAAAUAAGAAUGAAUGUGAACGAGAUUCAUCAUCAGCAUCAGCAUCAGAUGAUGAUGAUUAUGAUGAUAAUGUUGAAGAAGAGAAUGUAUUUGGUGAACAAGAAGAAGAAAUAAAUAUACUCGAACAAGUACAAGGUUUAUUUUCAACAGAUAUAUUUUCAAAUGUUAUUGAAAUGUUUCGUACAUAUCAAUCGAAAUUUGAUCUUAUAGAAUUUCUUAAAAAACAUAAUAUUCAUUCACAAUAUGAUUAUAUUCGAUUAAUUAAUUAUAUUCGUCAUGAAAAACCUUCCAUUGAUGAUUUAAAACAAUUAAAGUCAUCGAAAUCUCCACCAUGGUCAGAUGAUAAAUAUUUUGAAACAGUUAUUGAGAAUGAUCCAGCAUUACAAUUUGACAUUGAAGAAGAUUUAAGUCAACUCGGUGAUUUAGCAAUAUCAUCAACAGAUGAUCAAGAAAACAAUCAAUUAAAAAAAGCAAAUGAAAGAAUUCGACAAUUAGAAGAAAUGGUUGAUACAUUAAAAUCAAUGACAUCUCGAUUAUUAGAUGAUCAAUCUACUGGUGCAACAACAACAACUCCUAAAGCUCAAACAAAAGAUGAUAUUCAAGAUAAUGGUAUGGAUACAGUUCGUACUGAAAGUUAUUUACAAUCAAUUAAAGAAAAUGUCGAUAUAUUUCGUAAUAAAAUUGUAUUAGAUGUUGGAUGUGGAACAGGUAUACUUUCAAUGGCAUGUGUUAAAUAUGGACAUGCUAAAAUGGUUAUUGCUGUUGAUAUGUCAGAUAUGAUUUAUGAUGCAAUGGCUAUUGCAAAGUAAAAAUAUUAUUU